CAAAAUGGCUCAAUCGUGUUGUCAGCAAAGUAGCCAAACAGUUAUCUCUUACAGCCAUACAGUUAUAUUUACAAAUAAGUACAGUCGAUAAAGUAUUGCUAAUAAUUGUGUAGCGAAUAUCACUUUGAUAAACAGCAACUUUUUAUUGCAUUCGCCUCUUUUUGUCGAGACAACAGCCACCAUGUCCAGCAAAGUAGACACAGUGAAAAGUGAGUCCAGUAUAAGAAGUUUUGAAAGAAAAAGUACUACUACUGAGUCUGCCACAAGAGGAAAUGACAGAAGAAGUACUGAGUCUGCCAUAAGAGGAAACGACAGAAGAAGUACUGAGUCUGCCACAAGAGGAAACGACAGAAGAAGUACUGAGUCUGCCACAAGAGGAAAUGACAGAAGAAAUACUGAGUCUGCCACAAGAGGAAACGACAGAAGAAGUACUGAGUCUGCCACAAGAGGAAACGACAGAAGAAGUACUGAGUCUGCCACAAGAGGAAAUGACAGAAGAAGUACUGAGUCUGCCACAAGAGGAAACGACAGAAGUACUGAGUCGGCCACAAGAGGAAACGACAGAAGAAGUACUGAGUCGGCCACAAGAGGAAACGACAGAAGAAGUACUGAGUCGGCCACAAGAGGAAACGACAGAAGGAGUACUGAGUCGGCCACAAGAGGAAACGACAGAAGGAGUACUGAGUCUGCCACAAGAGGAAAUGACAGAAGGAGUACUGAGUCUGCCACAAGAGGAAAUGACAGAAGGAGUACUGAGUCUGCCACAAGAGGAAAUGACAGAAGGAGUACUGAGUCUGCCACAAGAGGAAAUGACAGAAGGAGUACUGAGUCUGCCACAAGAGGAAAUGACAGAAGGAGUACUGAGUCUGCCACAAGAGAUGACAGAAGAUCUACAAGCACAGGGAAAGAAAAAAGGAAAACGAAACGGAGCCGCAGUAGAUCAUCUUCCUCAUCCAGCUCAUCAUCCUCGUCAUCCUCCUCAUCCUCAUCCCGCUCUUCAUCCCGCAGUAGGAGUAGUUCCAGCAGCAGUGAUUCCCACAGCAAAUCCAGAAGGAAUUCUAAGAAAAGGAAAAAGGAAAAACAACACAAGAAGAAAGGGAAAAAGGAGAAGAAGCAUAAACGAAAGAAGGACAAGAAAAUGACACCAGAGGAGGAAAGCGCUGGACCUGGACCUAUUCAGAUCUCCAAGUAUUUAAAGGAGAGGAGGAGAAAAAGCAAGUACAGCAUGAUCACAGGAAAGAAGAUCAAAAUGAAAUUGAAGAAGUCCAAGAAAGACAAGCUGAGGGACAAGAAUCGCGCCGAACUGCUCGAGUUCCUCAACUCCACGUUGUAAUGCAAAGGCCGUCACCGUUGGUUAUGUUCCAGAACCUUCCAAUUUUUGUCCAGAACAGAACUCAGGGAAAGACGACCCUUUUGAUUAAGCUCUGAACUAUCAUCCAUUUACAGGGUUAUUAUUAUCACUGCAAGAGAUGUGGGACAUGGCCUGUUAUCUCAAAAUGACAGAAUGUGCCAUGUCUCUCUUUUAGAAAAAGCGUGCUGUCACUCCUGUGGUUGUCGGCCCCUUUCUUCAGACCAGUGGAGACUGCUGAAGGGAGAACAGCUCAUAAUAAUGGCUGGAACGGAGCCAAUGGAAUGGCAUCAAACCAUAUGUAUUCGAUGCCAUUCCACCAAUUCCGCUCCAGCCAUUACCACAAGCCCGUCCUCCCCAAUUAAGGUGCCACCAACCUCCUGUGCUUCACACUGUUUGUAACUGAUGUCUGUGUGUUUGGUCUUUAGAAUUGUAAUUUUACUAUAACAUCAAAGGAGCCAGUCACUGACUUUUUUUCAGUAUGUUUGCUGCACAAGGUGUUGCUAAGCAAGAUAGAACAGUGUUGCUGUGGUGGAGACUACAGAUCAGCAAAGAUCUGAUUGAUGAACAACAUACCUGGGUUCAAAUAUUAUCGGUUUUCUUUUAAGUACUUCAGUUGAUUAAGCUUGCCUGGCACAAUGAAACAAAAGGAAAAGUGCCAACCCGUCCAUCUUUCACGCCAGCAGGCUCAAGCACUUAAAGUAUUUGAAAGCGGGGGCCUCCCGGGUGGCGCAGUGGUCUAGGGCACUGCAUCGCAGUGCUAACUGCGCCACCAGAGUCUCUGGGUUCGCGCCCAGGCUCUGUCGCA